CAAGCGAUAGGAUACCGGACUAAUAAUGGCCACAGAGAGACUUUAUCUGAUCAUGUUAUGCGCGUGUCUGUGAUGACGCGUGUUUAUUUGCUGAUUCUAGCUGCGCUUGUACUGCAGUUAUUGGAUAAGAUAUUCCAGUUGCCGUGUUUCUGGACGUACUUCACGAGGAUGAUUGAGGAUGGAAGAUUACUGGAGACGACUGGAGACGGCAGUAGCCGCGCGGGUCCUUCUAUUUCUUUUUCCAAUUGGGUGCUUCCCAGGCUCUCACUCCUAAACUCCGUAGCUACUGAAGACGGAGACAUGGAAGCGAAGUUCAUUUGGAAUAAUCAGUGGGCAGUUGCUUUACGAGGGCGCAACAACAGGCAUUGGUGGAGUUGUAGGGAAGCUUGUCGGUAGUUGAACCCCUGUGGAAAGGACGCGUACUCAUACAACUUCAGAUAGAACGCAUCAUGGAUGCCACGAGCUUGCGAUGAGGCUUUCAGGGAUCCUUCCACCCACUCACCCAUCUAUUUGUUCACCACGUAUAAUAUUUUGCAAGUACAU